AUGGGCAACAUUAUCAUCGACGACAUCGACAUCAGCCGAUUGGGUCUCCAAGAGUUACGGUCGCGGUUGACAAUCAUACCACAGGAACCGGUACUCUAUUCGGGUACUAUUCGAUCAAAUUUGGAUCCCUUUGGCAAUCAUACCGAUUCGGAUUUGUGGUCAGUAUUAGAACAGUCACAUCUCAAACAGUUUGUCCAGUCGUUGGACAAUCAAUUGGAUUCACCGGUUGCCGAAUCGGGCGAUAAUCUAAGUGUCGGUCAGCGACAACUUGUUUGUCUGGCCCGAGCACUGCUUCGUCAUACAUCUGUACUGAUCCUCGACGAGGCCACGGCUGCCAUCGAUAUCGAAACCGAUGCACUUAUUCAGCAAACUAUUCGCCAGGAGUUCAGUUCGUGUACUGUACUGACAAUUGCCCACCGAAUCAAUACGAUUAUGGAUUCGGAUCGGGUAAUAGUGUUCAACAAUGGACGGGUAGCCGAGUUUGACGAACCCGAUAUUUUACUGACAAACAAGUCUAGUAUUUUCUAUACACUGGCCAGAGAUGCCGGAAUUAUUUGA